UUUAUGAGCUAGCCCUUCUCUUUAGUCCUGGAUUAAUGGAAGCAAAUGUGCUUCGCAGGUUAUCGACUAAAAGACUCAGCUGUUACAAAAUAAAACCUCUGUCUGUCUGGCAGUGUUGUGUGUUUUGCGUGCAAAGUGUAGAAGUGUAGUUUUUGCUCUAUAUUCAAGAAUAUUCUGCCGUAAGUGGUUAUUCGUUGUUAAUUAAAAAAAAAUUUGACCAUAAAUGUGUAAAAAUUUGAUCCAAUAUUCUUAAGUAUUGCGUAGUGUAUAAAAAGAUUCUGUGUAGUAUGACGGAGAAUACUGUAAAGUGUAAAAGUUUCGUUACUGAAGCCGAGAUUGAAGCAUAUAAAAAGAAACGACAAGAAGAAUGGGAAAAAGUUAGAAAACCGGAAGAUCCUUUAGAGGUUCCAGAGGAGGAAUAUGACCCACGUUCCUUGUAUGAGCGUUUACAAGAGCAGAAAGAUCUCAGGCAAGCAGAGCUUGAAGAAAGUCGCCGUUUAAAAAACUUAAUAAAAGGACUGGAUGAUGACGAAGUGGCUUUUUUAGAAUUAGUUGAUCAAACAAAAAUUGAGAUGGAAACAAGGCUGUGGCAAGAGGAAAAGAAAGAAUUACAAGAAUUUAGACGGGCUGUGUCCCAUCUCACAGAAGAAGAGCAAGAAGCAAAAUUACAACAUUUAAGACGUACUUUAAAUCUGCAGGGUGCUGGAUCUGGGAAAAAAUCGCAGCAGACCUUACUAGCUGGUGCUUUAAAGAGAAAAGCGUCUUCUCCAGCAGGAAGCCCGGAGAAGAAACAAGUAUUAGCUGCAGUCAAGGCAGAAAAUGUAUCUGAGCAAGCAGCUGAUGAGCAGACCAAAAAAUCACCAGUAGCACCUAAAAAUAGAAAUAUAAAUAAUAUGAUUUCUUGUUUGGGAGUUCUUCCUGGACUUGGAGCCUAUUCAGACAGUAGUGACUCUGAAAAUUCCUCUGACUCUGAUGUUGAAAAAGAUGGUGAAUACGACUUAAUUGGCAGAAGGCAUGUGCAAGUGCAUAAUACCCAUGAACGGUCUUAGAUAAAAUUUUAAGAAUCUUGUGCCAGAUGUCAGAGUACAUGCCAAUUUAAAUUUUAACAAUUAACAUAAACAUAUGAGUAUUACAGGAAAAAAAAAAAAAAACCAUUAAAUGCAUUUUGAGAGUAAUGGGUGAUCUGUUUUUAUUUAAGUCAUUCCAUAUAUCUAAUGAAAAUGCUUUUAACUUUUUUUUUUGGUUGUUUUGUGUGUUUUUAUGAAUUGGCAGUGGUAAAAUGUUGAUUUUUAUAAUCAUAUUUGUUUAUGUUAUUUUCAAAUAUAUAAUAUCUUUAAAUAAAAAUUCUUUUUAAAAUGUAAAUGAUCAGAUAAAGAGCUUUAAGAGGCAAAAUAUAACACACAUUAAGUUCUAUAAGAAAGGGUUACAUAGUGGUCUUUCUGCUUCAGUUGUACACUGCUGUGCAUAAACAAUGUUAAUUUCUCUCUUUCAGUCCUAAAAUAUAUUCUUUGAUGCAGCAUUUCAAAGGCUUUUCAAUUUUUUUUUUUUUUUCCCCCAGUGCUUAAGAUUGCAGCAAUGUGGAGAUCACUCAGCAUAUGCAUUUAAGAAACAGACUUGUAUAUUGUUUGUGAAGGAUAAAUUGCAGUUUAACCCCCCCCCCCCGAAAAAAAAAAAAAAAGAGUCAGCAUGAUGCAGUUACUUUAUUUCUAAGACUUGGGGACCAUCAAUCAGUAUAAAUAGCGAGCUGAAACAAGGCCCAAACAUUGUUGACUGUGGCCAGGAUAAGGACACAUUAGCUUAAAUCAUCAUAUGGGGAAAAAGACAAAUUACAUCUCAUGUACCAUGUGAUCAAUGAUAUACAGAGACAUACAUAUCGUAAGAAGCAAUAUAGCAGUUAGCACAUACAGAUAUAUCACAAGGAGCAGUAUAGCAGUUACAGACAAUAUCAAAGAGAGUUAACUAGGCAUGUUUGCAUUAGGAGCUGCAGCCAACUAGUUAGAUCAAUGCACAGGUCUUACAGUCAGCCUAUGAGACGUGCUGAAUCACAGUGAUCUCUUGCAUCCUUCCUUAUUGAACAUUAUUGUGCUUAGAGGAGGGUUGUACUGCAACAAUGAACUAGUGCAUUCACAUAAACAGAUGCCCAUAUUGACUGGAGAGGCUAAUUAGUUUUCCCAUGUGGUACACUAUAUGGUUUCUAAGUUGUAAGCAAUUGAUCAGGUUCAAGUGUACCAAAGCAAGGAUGGUACAGUUACAAUAUUUACUAAGAGAUCAUGCCAUUAGGCGAUGGCAACGAGCAGGCUAAUUUUGGAUUCUCACAAAACCAUGCUGGCAGCAAAUGUUGUAGCUUUAUAAUUUUUUUCACUUUCACUAUUAUUCUUUUAGAUGUCACUAAAAAUUAUCUCAGAAUUUUCUGCAGUUGCUUGUGAUCAAUUAGAUUUUUCUUGAAGCUAUACAUUUUACCAGUUUGUUAGUUACAUUCAUUGACUUUAAUUUUGUUACAAUGCUCAGUUGUUUUUAUACAUUUUACUAUGAUAUUGAUUUUCUUUUUCUUUAGUGUAUGGUGCUAAAUGUCUCUUGUGCCUAUCUAAGUUCAACAAGUGCACAUGUGCAGAAUAAUUUUUGCAGUUAAAUUACUAUUCCUUUAAAGUCAAUGUUUUUUUUUUUUUUUUAAUUUUAUUAUCAAGAAAGGAAAGUUGAAUUUUUUCCAGUUAAUUAAAAUUGGCAUGCAUCUCUUUCAUCAGUUAAGAGCUUUACUCAGUAAAAAUGGAUUUUUAUGUUAAUGAUAAAAAAUUAAGUUCUUAAUCAUUUUAUUUGAUAAAACUGUGUAAAGCUAAUUGAUUCCUUUCCCUUGAUUUUAAGUUGCACUUGUGUAAGUCUUUAUUGAACAGUAAAUGUUUUUAUCACUGCUGUUAUGUAAAUUAAAUAUUUUGUUUGUUAUCUAUUUUCUCAUGCUUUGUUUUCAAUAAAAUAAAAGAAUGACUGUA